UGAAUCCUCUGCUGUUCAAAGAAGACAAUUUUAGUGAAGUUCAUGAUGAUAAAGUAAACAUAAGCUAUUCACUUGGUCUGUUAACAAAGAACAUGAAGACGGAGAGUGACAUCAUCAUCUACAUUGAAUUCUUCCACAAGUUAGCGCAGGAGUAUUCAGCAGGAAGAUAUCUCGCAAGUGGCCUCGAUAAAGGAAGAGUCAGCACCAUUGGCUUUGCAGAAGUAGUCUUUGACCUAAAAGAGAUCUUCCAGUUUGCAUCAGGGACAUCGGUUUUCGCGUGCCAAAAGAUUUUGGCAUCUCUCAUUGAUCAAAAUUCCAGUGCCAGUUUCUCCAACAGGGAUUACCUUUACCAUCCCAUCAUCUUAGAUUUCAUCAGCGAGGGCGAAACUUGUGCAGAGAAUUCUGAAACGUACUUGACACGUUUUUUUAAAGAUGGAAAACUUCAACUGCGACAAGUUACAGCAUCGACUGUGGUUGGAUUUGAGAAACUGCCAGAAUUUGUUAAGAAGAAGAUCACAACCAUUGACAUCUCUGGAACGACCGAUUCUCCAGACUUAUUUGUGAGACUAUGGAACAGCAUGCAUACUUGUAUCCACCUCACACAUUUGGAGAUGUAUCGCCAUGUUCCACCGGCCAUCUCGCCUCAGAUGGAGCCCCUGUACUCUGUCAACAGCUUCACCACUGCUCUACAGCCACCUGCAGAUGACUACGCGCAAAUCAUGAUGUUCCUUCCGAACAUCAGGGAGCUCAUCAUAUACUGCGAUAACUUUGGAGAUCUGUCAGAAUUUGCCCUUAUGACUGAUGUUUUGGGAAGCUAUGGGAUCAAUUUAAUACUUCGUCCCUACUUAGUCGGCUAGUUCUCCCCAUCCCUGCCGACAUCGGGUUUAAUCUGAAGCACCUCACAUCGAUCCGUGUUUUUGAGACUGACCAUGUGAUAUCAGUAAGCAGCCUCGCACAUGUUUUAACCUUUCUGCCAAAGGUUAGGGAGCUGAUUAUUCAAGAGAAAGAACUUGUUGAACUUGACAACAACACUGAAGCCUUCUGUGAGCUGUGGAAAAACCUCCAUACCUCACCAGAUCUCAACCAGCUUCUUCUUCCUAUACCGGCGUACCGAAGGAUCCCGUGUGACUUAGAGCCACUUCGAUCGGUCCAGAUCUUCGAAACAAAAUCAUCUUCCAUCCACCUCCCCAUCAUCUUGAUCAACCUGCCGAAGUUACAAAAGCUUCUUUUACA